CAUAACGUUUGUCUGAUAGUAUAGUGAGAAAUUCGUUGUAUUAUCAAUAAAAACAAUUAUUUGUGACAAUGGACCAGAAGAAAAUAUCGAUUCUAGAUGGACAUUCCCCAGUGAACAAAUACAAAUUGUACUGUUUGGAACAGAGUGAGAGUGGGAGGUCUGCUGAACGUAUUACUUUAGCUUUUCAGGCAUUAGAGGAACUGGUACCAAAUCUUGGUGUCUAUACAAAAAUCUUUGAACAGCUGAGAAAUGAUCUGUUUGAUGCUGUAUAUAGUGAUCAGUUCACUGGGACAACCCAAGGUGGUUCAGGAGAGGGGUGUAUCCAGAAGAUCCCAUUCUUUUCACUGGUAAAGGAUGUAUAUACUGCUCGGGACAUUAAGGCUGAUGAGCUAACAGAGCAAUUGGAGACAGUCAAAGAAAGACUUUUCGAUAAGCACAAGCAAUUUGAGAAGAGUCAAGAACAUGUGUCUGAGCUGAAGCAGAAAAUUGCAGAGCUGGAGGAACAAGUGAGCGGGCUGGAAGAGAACCUGUCAGAUCAGAAGGAAGAGAACAUGCAGUUAGAGCAAGUGAUGGGAGAGGAGGAGAAGAAGGCAUUGAAUGUACAACAACAGCUGCACUCAGACAUCACAGAACUUCAGGAAGCUCUGGAUGAGGCUAGAGCAGAGGUUAACUUCCUCCAGCAGUACAAGAAUGGCUAUGACAACCUGCAAGAUGCCUUCACAGAGAGGAUGGACAGUGAGGAUUAUCCUCCUAGGAAACCCAAAGCAGUUAUCUCCACCAAGAGGGCCAACCUUAUAUCCAGUAUACAGUCAGCCCAGAAGCUAGAACAGCAGUUACUGAGUGUACUGAAUGCUACAGUAGAAGAAUUUGACAGUUUUAUGGAGGAGCACAAAAGUGAGUUAAUAGAGAAGGAACUUCAUGAUGAGCUGACAGAAAGUGAAAUGGUGUUACAAGAGAUGGAAAUAGACCAGGCUGACCAGCAGCUUCAGAUAAUGCAGAUCCGCUUCAAAGACUCUGUGGAGGAGAUGAACAAUGAACUGUCCCUCACACGCAAACACAUCCUGAUGUUACAAGAACAGUUACAGAUCAUGGAAGAGAACAAACCAACACUUCAUCGAAUGAAGGAGGGCCGAAAAGUCUUAACAAGUAGAAAUGAAGAAAUGACUUCAGAACGAUAUAACAGAGAAGAGUCUGUUCUUUCGGCGGGGCUGGACCAUGAGGAUGAGGAGGAUGAGAUGAUGGAUCCGUUCAUCCCCCAGGAGAGGGUCUUCAGUAAAUACGCUGCCAUGAUGUACACCAGCAACAAUGGAGGCAAGACAUUUCAUGAAUUCAAGGAGGCCCAUUUCUGUGCCAGCUGUGGAGAGAAGACAGUGGUGUGUCCCCACAAGCUGGGAGGUGGAGAUAAAGUUAUGGUAUUACCCCAUGGCUGUACCCACAUCAAAGUGGCCAGACCUAAUGUCAGAAUCAACAGGGAUAUGGUCGAUGCCUUAUUAAGACCAGAACCAAACUUUGAGAUGGCUCCCUCCACCGCUGAGAGUCACAUGUUGAGGAGAAGAGGGAGGGGCAUGUCACGUGACAGUCUUAUGACCCCGGGGUCAUCAGACACUGUGGACAGUCCUUUGCUUGGGGGUACAGAGUCUGGGCUGAUCCAACCAAUGAACAGGCUGUGGGAUGAUUUUAAAUCCAGGACAUCUAUGGAGAGGGCCAUUCCCAGGCCUCUGUCUGUGGAGAGGACCUUGUCUCUGAUGGAGCAGUUCUAUGCUCAACUGUUAUGGCAGGAUGACUACGCGUCUGAGGAGGAAGGAUAUUACUCUAUCAAUGAUAACCUGUACAGGUUCAUGAGGGAGAGAUAUCUCAAUGAUGAUGUCAUGUAUCUGGCCACGCACGACUUCCUGUCAUCACUCAUAGAGUAUCAAGCAACCAACAAGAUGGUGUUUUUACUCUGUCACGUGCUGGUGGGGAAUCUGGAUGCUGCCUGCCUAAGGUACGUCCUCCUCAUGGCUGACUUCAUCGACACAGUGGACUGGAGAGAAGUGGCAGACUUCAGGGCAUUUGCCUCAGCUGUGUAUCCUUUCCUUAUUGAGGAUGACUUGGAGACCCUACAGAUGAGUUACACAUCCUUCAGUGAGAACAAAAUCUCAUCCCAGCUUGUCUCUCAGUUCAUUGUCAGCAUCAUACUGAAAUACAGGGAACCUCGAUUUUUAGAUAUGGAGAGUAAGCUGCUGAGCCUACAGAGCCAUGACAGUGGACUGAUCAGCAUAAAAGAGUUCAUAGAGAUGAUGGACAAUAUCUUGCCCCUGUCCAGCGACAAACUGAGGCGCCGGCUCUUCUGGGAGGCAGAGCGCCAGAGCAGCAUUGGUGGUUCAGCACAGCAGAUCCCCAUUCUCAGAGUGGCUCAGAUAGCCAGCUACCUGGGACUAGUACAGAUUACAUCUGUGGUGAAGGAGAAUGUAAAGUCACAAGUGGAAGAGUGGCGAGACAGGCCAUCUAGUGCUGGAUCUGUUCGGAGAGGUGGACAGGACAGCCAACUUGUACCUAGUGGAGAGAAGCUGUUGACAAGUACAGGCCUGCGCAAUCUGGCUGCUAACAUUGCCAGGCGAGGCCGACACAGAGACCGAAGGAUGCAGGACGACGAUUGGUAAAGGGAGACAACUGCUGGGAGAGGCAACUGUUGGGGGAGACAACUGCUUGGAGAGACAACUGUUGGGGGAGACAACUGCUGGGAGGUUGUUGAGCUGGGUCAGUCUGAAUGCCCCUUUCCUGCGACCAAAAUCUUGUUGUCAAAUGCUUUAACGAGGACGAGAAGUUUUGAAGUUUCGAUCCAUCAUGACUAAUUCAGAUCAUGUAAUAUUUAUCUGUAGUAAUAAAAUUUAUUUAUUAAAUCUGUUGCUUCCAGUGUUUCUGUGAAAGAAUGCUGAAAGCGUCUAAGAAAUAAAGAUUUACUUUUUGCCGUAAAAUACAUUUGAUAUCUGCUGGAAGAAGAAUGUUCCUACUGUUCUGUUUUCCCACAUAUAUCAAAUACAUUUUACAGCAAUAUGCAGUUGCUUUCACAAAAAUGUUAUUCAUCUGUUGCUGUUUAAUUAAAACGACAAUUUUAUUUUGUGUAUAAUGGC